CGCUCCCGCUGCUGACUAUGCCGUGAGGAUCAGCUGUGGGUCGGACAGUUGGUGUGGGUCGGUGAGGAGGAAGACAUGGGAGUGGAGUGACCGCUGCUUUCCACCCGAAACCAAGACUUUGCGCGUACGUCCGCGCGCUCGUUGGACUUCUUAUUGCCCUCGUGCGGUUCCUUUUCCCAUCUGAGUGUCGGUUUUCUAGAGGAACAUGUCUCAUCUCUUUCUUUGUUAGGUGUUGACCCACACCGUCCGCUUCAGGACCGACAGGCUGCAUUCAGGCAGGGGGGGCGAACUUUUGAUUUGUUUUGUUUUUUUCUCCGGGAAAGGAUGUCUUUGGCUCGGGUGGAUUACAUUCCUCCCUGGUGGACUUACUGGCUUCACAAUUUCCCCCACAUCAACCUGAGGUUUCAGCCCGUUGACAAGAGCUUCCAGCCUGAAGAUGACAACUACCAGCAGUCUCUCAUAUUCCUGGGCUGCGUGGCGGCUGCUGGACUCGGUCUCAACCUUCUCUGCUUGGCCGUCUACCUUAGCUGUUUAUGUUGCUGCCGCAAGGAUGAAGAAGAGGAGACCAAAAAGCCUAACUCCUGCUGCGUCACCUGGUCGGCUGUCGCUGCCGGUCUCAUAACAUGUGUUGCUGUGGGUGUGGGUUUCUAUGGCAACAGUGAGACCAACGAUGGAGUCUACCAGUUGACCUACUCUGUUUACAAUGCCAAUCACUCUUUGGGCGGCGUGGACAGUCUGGUGACUGGCACCAUGGGCAGCAUGAAGAGCGGUCUGCAUCUCCACCUGGCACGGCUGGAUGAGAUCUUUGCAACACGCGGCGACUAUGUGCAGACCUUGCAGUUCAUGCAGCAGAUGGCUGACAACGUGAUCAAACAGCUGCUGGGCCUGCCUGACUGGGAAAAUGCUAAAUUGGACUUGGCGUCCAUUGCUGAUCAAACAGCAAACAUUGAGUAUUACAGGUGGCUCACUUACCUCCUACUCCUCAUCGUGGAUCUGAUCAUCUGCUUGCUGGCCUGCCUGGGUCUGGCCAAGCAAUCCCGCUGGCUGCUGACUACGAUGAUGGUGUUUGGAGUCCUGGCGCUGAUCUUAAGCUGGACUUCUUUGGGAGCUGACCUGGCUACAGCUGUGGGCACAAGCGAUUUCUGCGUGUCUCCGGAUAAGUUCAUCAUGAGUCAGACAAAAGGGAUCAUCAGUGCUGACAUUGUUCAUUAUUACCUGUACUGCAACCAGACUCUUUCCAACCCCUUCCAGCAGCCUCUGACCAUCUUCCAGAGGUCUCUCACCACCAUGCAGAUCCAGAUCCAGGGUCUCCUGCAGAUCGCAGUGCCUCUGUUUCCCACAGCCGAGAGAGAUCUCCUGGGUAUCCAGCGUUUGCUGAACUCCUCAGAGGCCAGUCUGCACCAGCUUACCGCCCUGCUGGACUGCAGGGGCCUUAACAAGGACUAUCUUGAUGCAAUGGUGGGAGUGUGCUAUGAUGGGGUGGAGGGUUUGCUGUACCUCUGCCUCUUCUCCAUCCUUGCGGCCUGUGCCUUUACUGUCAUGCUGUGUGCCAUUCCCAGGGCGUGGAGGCAAAUCGCCUGCAGGGAACGAGAUUACGAUGACAUUGAUGAAGAGGACCCGUUCAACCCUCGGGCAAGGAGAAUGGGCUCCCAGAACCCCAACCAUACCAACCUGCACAGCUUCUGCAGCUACAGCAGCAGCAUGGGCAGCCAGAACAGCCUGCACCCGCCUGCUCCCGCCGUCUCCACCGCCCCCAUGUCUGAAUACAUGAACCAAGCUGCUCUUUUUGGGGGAAAUCCACGCUACGAAAACGUGCCUCUGAUUGGACGAGGCUCCCCACCGCCAUCGUACUCUCCCACUAUGAGGGCCACCUAUCUGUCCAUGACCGAACAACAGAGUAGACAUUUUGGAAAUGACUUUCAAGCAUAGAAUGCUUUAAAGGAAGUGAGCAUCACACAUCUUCGAUGGAGAGGACGAGAAGCCAGAACUCCAGCCUGCAUUACCUCAGGCGACCUUUCCCUGCUUUUUGUUUUUUUCAACUCCUUACUUCUUUUUUUUUUCUUUUUAACCAGCUCUGAUAUUGUUCUUGUGUUCUCACGACACAAGUUUGAAGUGUGUGUUACUUCAGAAGAUUCAGGUCUCCAAAGAGCACACUGUCCGGUGUGAACAUCCCCGCAUUGACUCCUUUCGUUGUGUUGUUGAACAUUUGUGAAGCACAAACAGAGCAGGUGAGGAAACACACCUGCAAGUCGAGCUUUACGUCUGCACGCCCUGCAGAUGAGACUACUUUGUGACCACUCCUGUAAAUAAGUUGUACGAUAACAGACAGUUGUUUUAAUCUGAGUUUCUUUUAAACUGUGUGCAGUUUUUAUUUUUUUAGUUUUUUCUAAUUUAGUGUGAAAAUGUCACCUUUUUUUUUUAAAGUAUUUUCUAAAAAAGGUUGUUAAAUCAUAUUUUUUUGCUGAUUAAAUCACUAUAGUAUGAGCUGCUCAAACACUGAUAAAUAAUAUAAUCCAAAAUAUUUUUCAUGGGUUUCAAACAUCCAAAAAGCACAUGCGUGUACUGACUAACAGUUUUUAUAUUUUAGGAGAUUUAAAUGCAAGCACUGUUGUUUCUUUAGCAUGUUCCACUGUACAAACACUGAGAUUGGUGCUUCAUUUUCUGUGUGACCCCAGAGGUAAGCAGUUCUUUGUGAGCUGAAUAAACACAAUUUUAUGAAAUUA